AUGGAUGAUGACAGCUUCAGCAAGGAGUGCUCCUUUGACCGUAUUGAUACUAUAAUGAAGUCUCUCCAGCUCGUGAUCUCCAUACCUACCUUCAUUGUUGGUUUGAUUCUGAAUUUGAUAGCCCUCUGGGUGUUCUACUCUUGGAAGAAACAGACAGAAUCAUCAAUCUACAUGAUAAACCUUGCUCUUGCGGAUCUGCUUCUUCUUUUCUCACUUCCUUUCAAGAUGUACUAUUCCAGAAAAGAGCAGCAGCGGCUCUUAUGCAAAUUUAUAGAGGCUCUCUACUUCGUCAAUAUGUAUGGGAGUAUUUUCAUCAUUGUCUGUAUUAGCUUGGACAGAUAUAUUGCUAUAAGGCACCCGCUCAAAGCCAGAGCUUUCCGAUCCCCCAAACAGGCAAUCAUUGUAUGCUGUUGCAUUUGGGUUAUAGUUUGGCUUAGCAGCGUCCCCAUCUAUGACUUCCACAACAAUGACAAAGUCAAGUGCUUCCACAAUAUGUCAGAACAGGCGUGGAGCAUUCCCAUCAUCCUUUCUGUUGAAGUCUUUGGAUUUCUCAUCCCUUUGACUCUGAUGGUUUAUUGCUCUGUUCAGAUCAUCCAGACUCUUUGGAGGCGUAAAAACCAGGAGCAGAAGUGGGUUGAGCAAGCUGCCUCUAUAUGGAUCAUUUUAGCCAACCUCAUGGUGUUUGUUGUCUCCUUUACACCAUUCCAUCUCGGGAUCUUUCUGCAGUUCCUGGUAAGACAGGGCAUCAUUGUGGACUGCACUGUGAAACAAAGCAUUAGUCUCUUCAUACAGGUGGCAAUGUGUUUAGCUAAUAUCAACUGCUGCCUGGAUGCCAUCUGUUACUACUUUGCCACAGAAGAAUUUCGCAAGAAAUCUAUUUCUGCCACUCCAGCUAGUGCUUUGAUUGUACUGCGUAAAAAUAGCAGAAAUAUCUUGCCCAAGUGA